AGCCGCGGUGGAAGGGCGGCCAUGGCUAGUUACACUAAAGCGGCACAGCAAUGGGCUACUUUUGCCAGAGCCUGGUACCUCCUUGAUGCAAAGAUGCAGCCGCCAGGGAAAAUAGCAGUUGCAGCUGCAAUGAGACUUGAAGGCAGGCAUAAACCUAUUUAUCAUGCAUUAAAUGACUGCGGGGAUCAUGUUGUCAUAAUAAAUACAAGACAUAUUGCCUUCUCUGGCAACAAAUGGGAACAGAAAGUAUAUUCUUCACAUACUGGCUAUCCUGGUGGUUUCAAACAAGUGACAGCAACUCAGCUCCAUCUGAAGGAUCCAACUGCUAUUGUUAAAAUUACUGUUUAUAGAAUGCUUCCAAAAAACCUUCAGAGAAGAACUCUGAUGCAGAGGCUGCACCUGUUCCCAGAUGAUGUUAUUCCAGAAGAUAUACAGAAGAAUCUUCUAGAAGAGAUUCCUCAGCCACGUGUAGUCCCUAAGAGGUUAGAUGAAUAUACUCCAGAAGAAAUUGCUGCCUUUCCCAUGGUUUGGACUCCACCUAAAGAUUUUCGAAGGAAGUAAUGACAAUAAAAGAAGUGGCAUCAGGAGAGAAAUUCUUCUAACCUGGAAGCAUCUGUGCAUCUGCAUCAGCCCUUCUGUUCAAAAUAUUUUUGACAGGUGGUAGCAAACAAUGGGAAAUUAAUAAGUAUUGUAUUUGAAGCAGCUAUGAACAGAUAUUGUUAAUGUCACGGGCACUCUGUAUGGUUUGGUAUCUGUUGAUUACAUUUGGGUUUAAUACUAUUAAAGAAUCAUUAAGUUUUUAAUGAAUAUUUGCAUCUCCUGAAAACAGUGCAUUGUUCACUGAAAUGAAGUGUCUGACUCUAAAAGUUGAAGGAUGUGGGGAAGAAAACCCAAAACCAACAGUGGCAUGAGCUGUUUGUAACUUCUGUAAUGGGUUGUGUGUGGUUCUUCUGAAAGCCUUUUCUGGAGCAUGGAGUGUGUAUAGCCUAUUGUCCUGCUUUUACCUCAGCUAGCAGCUGAGCCCCAGCAGUCCAGUUUCGACAGAGGGGUUUCUCAUUUCCCACCCACUCCCCCGCCUCCCCUCCCUGUGGGCAAGGAGGAAAGGAGCUUGGAAAAGCCAAAAUGGCAGUUGAGGUAAGGACAACUUUCCUACUCUACUGCAGGGAUAUCAGAUUACACAAAAGGAAAAUGAAGUAAGGAAACUAUAUAGAGGUGUUGAAUGAGGCAAAAGAAGUGUUAAAAAUUUACUUCUGCACAUUAGUUCCCUGAAGAUCAUUUCUGCUUUGCUUCACAGAUAAUGUUGUGUAAAUAA